AGUUGGUUAGACUUAAUUAAUAGUUUUCAUAUACUAAAUGAACGUUGUCCUUUACUAAACCACAUUUUCUGAAACAGCAUUCGUGCCAGCAAUGUUGUGCCUUUCUCAUGAACAGUAGAGCUUUCUACCAACACUGAGUUUUAUAAUAGGUUCGUUUUACUAUUAACGAGUUAAUGAGGAUGAGUAAAUGGAUCGAUACGAUUUUGCGCGGACUACAUUCUCAUCUAUUUAGUUUUCAAAAAAGUUUUUCUCCUCAGGUUGCAGUGAAAAAUUAAAGAAAAACGUGUCGCAUCGUAAACAAAGAAAGUGAAUAGGAAAUCUUUCUAAUCGUAGAAAAGCCAAGAAGGAGAAAGUACCUCUGCACAGGACAGCGUUUUUCAGUAUCUAAAAUACAAGACGGCCGAAACGUCAAUGGAAAGCAAAGUGUAGGAACUAACGUGUUGCAUAGAUCGCACUUCUUUUGCAUUUCUAUUAUACAUCCCUCUCAGAUGGCGGACACUCAGGCAGAAAAAAGUAAGCACGGAAAUCUAGCUUAUCAAAUAGCUCAAGCGUCCGCUUAAUCGUAGAUUUUUUGGGUCAAAUAGCUAGCUGCGCCGAGCAAGUGUCCACUUGCUAGCUGCAAGCGGUCGAUCCAGUGGGCACUUAAUUAAGCGCUUAGCGUCCAAUUCAAACACAUCAGCUAGUUUCAACUCACUUAAGCUAGCUUUGAUGGGUUAAAAAUAGGGUCAGGUAGCUGCAAGCGUCCGCUUUACGAUUUAUUUUUCUGCUUGGAUAAGUCAGCUUUGGACUUCCGCGUAGCCAGCGCGAAACGUCGGCUUAGCUGUCCGGUGUUGUAAAGAAACGGGAAAAAGAGAAUAAUGUUAAUAAACGUACCAACUUUUCUUUACUUUUUCCAGUAGUUUAUAAAAAUAAAGAAUUCUAUAGAAAACCAAACGAAAGAAAACACUAAAAAUUCACUGUAAAAAGAACACAAAAAUAAUAGAAAAAAUUCACGGUUCAGUAGCAUGCUUAUCCGAUCAAAAACGACUUAGAGAAAUACGCCAAACGAAUGUUGUUAAAUUUUUGAGUACGGCAAGUUCAGAAAGGGCAAAGUAAAUGUAAAUUAAAUCCAAAAUGCUGCCUUUUCGAAAAAAUUCGAACAAGGUUUUUUCAAAAUACUUUGAGCCCUAAAAUUCCACCAGGAAGAUAAAAGCUGAAUUUCUCCGUCAGACUUCAUCCUGGAAUGAUGAACACUUUUUCUGUAUACAACUUGAUGUCCUCUAUCUGAUGAUACAACAAACAAGUCUUCGUUUUAAAAUUUAAAGAUCUUAUUUAAAUUUCAAAAGUUGGGUAAAAAGACCUGAAAAAACUUCAGAAAUCCUUUUCUCAAAAACUACAAGUCCAGGAAUCCAAAAAAUUGCUGAAUAUAUACUUCAGACUGUGCUCUACAAAGUGGCAGAAUCCCCACUCCCAUUGAUUCAGUUUUUACCGCUAUCUGCUAAAGUAAUUCUCUACCAUUCAAGCUUUGGUCACAAAUAUGCAUAUACAAAGUAGAACUCAUUCUGAUGUGUCUUUAAUGAAGGAAAACCACCGUUUACAACAAUAUCGAAUGCAUACUGCAAGUGAAUCAUUGCCCACUCACCAAAAUUCUACGAUAAAAGAUGAAUUAGACCAACAGCAACGAAUAUCUGAUAUUGAUUAUGCAGUUAUUUAAUAUAAUACGUUUCUCUAUUGUUCUUUUUAUUUUUGUUGUGUAUACGGCAUUUUUGUAUUUUACUUAUUAUUAUUUAUAUUUUGUUAUAAAAUAGAAAGUUGUUAGACAAAAAAGUAGUGUAGUGGUUUUUGUGAAAAAGUGUUGUAGUUUUUCAUGUUUUAGUCACUGGUUUAACCUUGUAUCUUUGUUAUUUUAGAUUUUAAAAGAGCAUGGGUAAUACAAACCUUCCUCUUGGAGAAGAAAAUCGUGCCGGCUAUCCAUUUGGUGAAAAAUGAGAAUGGACAUCGGCUUGUCAUAAUGUUACAUUUGCUGAAGAUCAAGAACCACCGCUAAAAUACGAUGUAUCAGGCGGUGGCAAUGGCGAUGAAUAUCGAAAUAUUGAACCAGGUCCUGUGCGAGGACCACUACCUAAACCACCGAAAGAAAACGUAAAUCCUAAUAGUAUUGCUCUUUUUACUCCGAAAACACAAAAGGUUAUUUUGUAUGAAAUGGGAAUUACAGAAAAUGAGUUAGAUCGAGAUUUUGAUAAUGAUCCACGUUAUCGUGCAUGA